AUGGGCGCUUAUUUCAUUCUAACUUUUUAUACCAUCCAGGAUUACCACAUCGAUUUUUAUUUCCGACAAAAGUGGAAUGACCAUCGCUUGGCCUUUAACAGCACCGUUGACUCGAUUACGCUCGGGUACUAUCGAACAAACGAUGUGUGGAGGCCAGAUACAUUUUUCUACAACGCGAAAUCAGGCUCUCUUCAUGAUAUCACAGUGCCAAAUGAAUUGUUUAUGUUGUCGCCGGAUGGGACUGUCCUCACAAGCCAAAGAAUAGCGCUGGUCCUCACCUGCAACAUGUAUCUGGACUAUUUUCCAAUGGACAACCAAUCAUGUCACAUCAUUAUAGGAAGCUAUGGCUACCCCGCCCGAGACAUCACCUACAAGUUCAUGGGGGACCACUCCACCACUUUUGAGACUGACAUGCUCCUCCCAGAGUUCAUCAUCGACAAAACCAACGUGGAACAAAAGGACGAACUCCUCAUUUACUCAACAGGUAACUUCAGUUCUUUGAGAUUCGUGCUUCACAUGGAGCGAGACUUCGGCUACUACCUCAUCCAGACGUAUGUCCCGAGUAUCCUGAUUGUGCUUCUGUCCUGGGUGAACUUCUGGCUCGACAUCCACGCCACGCCGGCUAGAAUCUCAUUAGGUCUACUCACUGUCCUCACCAUGACCACACAGUCCUCAGGCGUGAACCAGCAACUUCCCCGGGUCUCCUACGUGAAGGCAAUUGACGUGUGGAUGUCCACUUGUCUCGUAUUUGUGUUCGGAGCGCUGGUCGAGUUCGCCUGCGCCAACGUGAUAGCCAGGAGCCAGAUGAACCGUGCGACCAGGAAGAAGGUGAAACGGGAGGAACAGGGAGAAGAACGGACAGCCGCCUUGAAGACUCCCAAUUUAAAGUGGACCCCUCUGUCGCAUGGAAUUAACGGAAGGCAGAAGAGAGAUCCCCACUUCUCUUUGACUGGUGUAUUCGAUCCUACAGAGAUCGAUUACAGCAUAUCCACAGGAAUUACUAACGAAGGCUUCUCAAAGGAAAGCAACGGUACCUCCCCAUUGGACCCCAAUGCAGUCAACAAUGAAGAUCUCUUAUACAACAUAGUCCAGCACAACGUGAGGAAGAAAGCCUCCAAACAGAAACUGACUCACGCCGAGAAGUUAGAAUUGGCGUCAAGGUUGCUAUUCCCUUUGGCGUUUGGGCUGUUCAAUUUGUUUUAUUGGCUUCACUACUGGUGCAGGUGGUUCGAGUCGGAUCGCUGCAGAGUUUAAAAAAGGCUU